GUUCCUUGAAAUCCAGCACCGUUGCAAGAGGAUUUUGCUGCUCGUGCGUGUGUGCAUGAAGUGAGAAGAGUAGGGACACAACAGCAUCCCUGGUGGCGUGCAGUGACGUGGAGAGAGGUCCACCUUUGCAGGAAACGAUGGUGUAAAAAAAAAAAAAAGGAUUGCAGAGGAGGAGAGAUAUAAGUGGGAGGAAACUCUUCGUGUGCAAAAAGAGAGACUUUUUUUCUCUCUCUUGGGAGUGUGGAGUUCAAAAUCCUUAUAGGUGAUUCUGGUGGUGGUACCAGGGAGAGAGUGAGCCAUGCCUGUUGCUCAUCUCCUUGGCAUCUCCAUCACGCUCAACCCAUCUCCCAUGGAGACUGGCCCUUUUUGAAAAAGUAUGACUUUCCCUGACCGGAUUAAUGCCAGCUUGAAUGGGAACCACACGGGAGAAGAAACCGAGGGGGUCAAUGGGUCCUGGGCAGGGGGGGAUGUUGACCCCGACAACAGCACCUCCUUGGCACUGAGGUUGACCUUGCAGUCGGUGGGCGUGGGGGUCUUCCUCGCCCUCUUCAUCCUCUCGGCCAUCGUGGGCAAUAUCCUGGUCAUCCUCUCGGUAGCCUGCAACCGUCAGUUGCAGACGGUGACCAACUACUUCAUCAUCAACUUGGCCAUCGCUGACCUGCUGCUCAGCACCACUGUCCUGCCCUUCUCGGCCACCUUGGAAGUUCUGGACCUGUGGAUCUUUGGCCGCAUCUUCUGCGACAUCUGGGCGGCGGUAGACGUCCUCUGCUGUACCGCCUCCAUCAUGAGCCUGUGCAUCAUCUCUGUGGAUCGGUACAUCGGGGUCAAAUACUCGCUCAAGUACCCCACCAUUAUGACCGAGAAGAAGGCGGUCAUCAUCCUAGUGGUGGUCUGGCUCUCUUCCAUGGUCAUCUCCAUUGGGCCCCUCUUGGGCUGGAAGGAGGAGCCGCCCGAAAAUGACGAAACCUGCAGCAUCACAAUGGAGCCGGGCUACGCCAUCUUCUCUUCGCUCUUCUCCUUCUACUUGCCACUCAUGGUCAUCCUGGUGAUGUACUUCAACAUCUACGUGGUGGCAAGGAGGACCACCAAGAGCUUGGAGGCUGGGGUCAAGAGAGAGCGUGGGAAGUCCAUGGAAGUGGUGCUCAGAAUCCACUGCCGCAGUGUCCUCGAGGACUCCCUAGCUGCCAGCACCAAGGGCAAAGGGCACACCUUCAGGAGCUCUCUCUCAGUGCGCCUCUUGAAGUUCUCCAGGGAGAAGAAAGCGGCCAAAACUCUUGCGAUCGUUGUUGGGGUUUUCAUCCUCUGCUGGCUGCCUUUCUUUUUCGUGCUGUCUUUUGGUAAGUGCUUCUCUUCUCUUCAGCCUGAUAGCUGGAUGGCCAGGAAAUGCCAGCUCAGCAAGGAUAAGGUGGUGCAAGUAGCCCAGUAA